AUACAUGUACACUCAAAGGCUGUGGGAGCAAUGGCACGUGCAUCAAGAACAGCGCUACUGGAGUGGCCUCCUGUGUGUGUGACACUGGCUUCGUGCUGCAGGCGGAUGGCAGGACGUGCACUGAUACCUGUGUCAUCAAGGGCUGUAAUGCUGUAGUCACGGAUUGCGUGAAGGACGCUGCAGGCGCCGCCUCCUGUGUCUGCAAGACGGGUUACCAGAACAUAUCGGGCACGUGCAUGGGGCCUGCCUCGUGUGGGGUCUGCCCUGCAGGAGCCAGCUGCACUGUUGUGCCGUACACCAAAGCCGCUUACUGCGCCUGCCCUCUGGGCUAUGGCAUGACUGCUGCUGGCUGCGUGCUCG